UCUCCUCGCCUCGGAAUGGCGGGUCUUAUCGGUUUCUCCUCCAAUCAAAUCCAUGGCGGUUGCAGUGUGAUCCCUGUCCGUCUCAGCCGCCUCCGUUUCUUUUCCCUGCGAUGAUGCCUCCCCUUUCGCUCCCGGAAGAGGAACCAGUUGCUAACUAGGUUUUGGGUGUGGUAUCCCCAAGAAACCCUUCUUCGGCCCCUCCAAGUUAUCGGUAACGCCCCACACCCCCCCCCCCCGCUCGCUUGCCGCUGCUUCGAGAUAAAAUGCUUCCUGAACAUGCGACUCACGCUCUUCUAGCAGCUAUGAGCAUGCACCCAAGCAAUUUCGGGAGGAAAAUCUCAAAGAGGGAGAUUGGUUAGUUGCUACAUCAAGCAAUGAAGCCAUCAAGGGCUCAGGUGCUCACCUAGGAGCCUAUGCGAGGCGAGGCCCAAGUGGUCAGUAACAGGUCAGGUCCGGGCAGGUGCCCUCAAUUGGGUGUGACCUAGGCAUGCGUCCAAGCACUGACAUAAGGGUGAAAUAUGAGGUACCUUCUUCUCAAUCUUCUUAUGAACGACAUGGAGGUGCAUAGCUUGAAAUAAUGCUAGCCACCUGGGGUGUAUGACGUAGAGAGCAUGGCUAUGGAGGAUCACAAUGGGUCUAAUGUUGGUAUCCAGCUAAUGCUUUGAUUGAGUUUUUUCAUGGUAAAUUUAGAGAACAUCGGUAAGGGCCUUUAAGGGUAGAUACUAGCUGCACAUGUUUGUAAGAUUUACCAUUGCCUACUCAAUAAUUAAAGGCUAUAGACUGGAUGAAUAAACAAAUUUAUGAUACCCCAAAAUUGAUAAAUUGUUCUUUUAUUGAACUGAAUCAUUGUAGGCUUUUCAUCUAUGUUCUACCAUUGCCCAAACUAUUUGUGAAGGUUCAGGCAAAAAGAUAAUGACAUUUGUUAACAUCUUAAUGUCUCAGAUGCAAAUUUCUAUCUUUCUGAAUAAAUUAAUUUAGUACAUGUAAGUAGUAAUAGAUAUCUUUUUUUCUGGCUUGAGAUUGACAUGACCUUCUUACUUAUUGAGUAUUCACUUCUAGAACUAAUGAAGACUUUAAUUACCUCCAUGAAAGUUGAGAUUUACUCUCAAACUAUAGAAACACAGUUGCAUGUUUGUGGUAAAUCACAUGCACAUUGUUUUGGCACCACAAAUCAUACAUGUUUAGAAAAAAUGGAUACAGAUUUGGACAGUGUUUUAAAUCAAGUUCUAUCUUCAAUGGUUAACAGUGGUGGACGAUUUUAAAAAUGUUCCUAAAUACAUAUAUGACCUUACUGCUUCACAAAUGGACAUGUUCGUGUCCGAAGAUAACCCUGUCAGGCAGCAUGCAGAAAAGUUAGAGAGGAAAUCAUUUCUUCUGCAAGAAAUACCUUGACAAUGGAGGGAUGCACAGUUUAACAGGCAUGAAAGGGUGUGAGUAUGUAUCGUGUAUGUGCUCGAGGAUAUGGAAGGCCAAGAACUGUUCCUCCAGAUUUACCUUCUAUACUCUUAGAUGCUUGGAUUGUGUAUCUUGGCAUGCCUAUAGUUCCACCUGACACUGAACUAUUUAUCUGGGAUGCAAAAUGAGAAGAUGGAAAGUGUUGGAUCUGAAACCGAGGCUUAUGCAAUUGCUGACAAGAUUGCAAAGGACAUCCAGCUUCCGAAAUAUUUCCAAGCUCAAGAAGCUAUUGCCUAUGGAACAGCCGACGAGAUCAUCGAUUCACGAUAUGAACGAGACGAGAUGCUUGCACAGUCCAAAGCCAUGAGAAAGGCAGCUGGAACUGGUCCACAAGCAACGCCAUAUGGGUUUAGGUAGAUAGAACUGAUUAGUACAUAAGCAAUAACUUUGGUUGUAUUGUAUAUUUUUCUAGCUGAAACAUUCAUGUUGAUUCUAAUGCCAAAGACAAUAAUUCUUUUA